CUUGUGUAAAAGACAGGGGCAGAAAUAGAGCUGAAUUAACAGUGCGUGUUGAAAUGUUAACUGAGAAUUCAUCACAAAAACAGGCAUUGUGUUUGUAAGAAGUUGAACACCAGGGCAGGAUGAGAUCUUUUCAAUACAGUCAAUGUUGAUUCAUGAUUGAUUUACAUACAUUUAUGUUUUCAAACCCAACUUUAUGAAUGUUAUUACACAAACAUAAGGUCUUGCUCUGUACAGGAGGUUUGUAGAGUGAAAACUUUUGAAAGAAAACAGCAUGAAUAAGGGAGUCAUUGAGAUGUAAACAUGUGUCACAAAAACCAACUUUGUCACAGAUGACUUGACCCUUUAGGUUUCAGGAAGCCAUUAAACACAGGCUAGUGUUCUAGAAUUGUCUGUGGGAAUAAAAAAAGUUUGGGCAUUGAAUUGAUACAGGAUUGAUUGUGAUGCAGUUAGACCUAACAGUAUUUACAGCAAAUCCAGCAGAUUCCCCAGUAUCAGAUAGCCCUUCCAGUUGCUGGUAGGCAGAUGUAGUGCAGUAGCUCUGUUUGCUGUUGAAGAAGUGAGUCAUUAUUGAAGACUAGGAAUCUUUGAUGAUGGGUGACAUUUAAUACUGACUUAUUGGUUUGCACUGGAGCUGUGGUGGUAAUUCCAGCUAGUUCCCAAGUUCACGUGGUUACCUGUGUAUAAAAAAAGGUGUGUGUUUGUGACAGUGAACGCUUGACAAAUAUCUCUGGAUUUAUGAUAAAUGGCUGUGCUUUAUUGUGACAGUUCUACACCCAUUGAAAUUGUGUGAUUUUGUGUGUACAUGUGUCUAUGUCAUUACAAACAACAAUUACCUGGGCUCAUCAGAUUCAUAAAGGCAGAAAUAUCAUAACUGGUUACUCUGUGAUGUCAGCUGAAAAAUUGGAUAUAUAUUCCACUGUGUGACUAUUGUGACUUAAUUUCAUUAUUCAGAACACAUGUAAAUUGUGAAAGUAUAAAUUUUCAGGAAUCUGUAUUGUUAUCAACUUAUCAGUGCAAGUGAACCGACCAAAUAAGACUCUCUAACUGUGAACAAAGAGGAACAUUAAGAGGGUUUUGGCUGAAGAAGAUUAUUCUGCAUUAGUUUUCCGUUCUGUCUGUCUGUCUGUAGAAUGGACAUUUUGUGUCGCUGACCAUCAUGCAGGCAUUACUGCAGGGUCCCUCGCAUUAUCAGCUGGACAUAAGCCAUGAUAAACCUAGAAUGUACCACCAUGUAAAGCCACACGACAGCCGGCGAGAGGUCAGAAAUACGGCCAUGCAGGAGAAGCCAUUACUCAUAAGAACCCCACAAUCAGAAAGCAAGCCAUUGAAACGUAAAUUCCUUGUAUCUGAUUCGCCACCACAACUUGAUGAAGACGACCGCAAGACCACACCUAAACGGAAGAAACCCCUGUUAAAUUCUGAGAUGUCCCCCACCCACCAUGGAUCCACCCCUGUCUCUAAGGCCCCCAGUAGUGGGAUUACCUCCCCUCGAACAGGGCCCCUAUCUGAGAGACAACAGAUGUUAUUUCUUAUGAAGAUGACUGAUGACUCUCAAGACUCAUCGUCUAAGCCCACUUCACCACAGCCCUCAGCUCCCCCUGUAAAGAAGACCCCUGGGGACAAGAAGGUCCAUAAGAGAAACGAGCGAGGUGAAACACCCCUCCACCUAGCAGCUAUCAAGGGCGACGUCAAGCAAAUAAAGAAGUUGAUCAAGGCCGGGGCGGAUGUCAAUGUAGCGGACUUUGCAGGUUGGACACCACUUCAUGAAGCUUCAAACAAAGGCUGGGUGUCUGUUACUAAGCAACUUCUAAAGGCUGGAGCCAAUGUGAAUGUGCAGGGACUGGAGAACGACACGCCCCUUCAUGAUGCUUCAGGAAACGGUCAUACUGAGUUGGUGGAGCUGCUAUUGAAGCACGGUGCCAACCCCCUCCAGCCUAACAGUAAAGGGAAGACCCCAGUGGACGUGGCGGCCUCUCAGGACAUGGUCAAGCUGCUGAGGAAGGAAAUCAUCGCCUCCAGUAGUGACAGUUCUAGUCUGGACGACGCCCGCUCCCCAACCUCUCCCGAGAGUAACUCCUCCUGCAAGGACGAUGAUAUGGAUAUCUUUACACCCAGAAAUCCUAAAUCAGACUCUAACAAUGCAAAUUUGGGACCAAGUAGCCGCAAAAGCAUCUUCAUCAAGUUCCAGAGAGAACAGAUAGAUGAACAAAGUGAUAAAUCUCCUGACUUUUACAGUUGUCAUGUGGAGACUAGUGAAAACAAGGACACUCUGUUUGGGUGUGAUAGCCCCGCCUCCAGCGGGAGUGACCUUUAUGACCCCCAGUUACAGAGUGAUAGGUUCAAAUCCAAGCCAGGAAAUACAGAGGAAACUGGUACCUCCAGUACAGAAUCUCCAGCAUCCAAAGUUAAAUUACCAUUCUCCUCAUCAGAUGUCAGUGGGUUUGAUAUGGGAGGAUUUAACAGAUUAAAUAAUCUGGAACCUGACAGUCAGGGUGUGGAAAAUUCAGCACAAAAGUACAAGUUAAAAGUUUCAGAGACGCAGCCAUUUUUCCCGCAUAGUGAAAGUUUUAGUGAUAGUGAAUCAAGAGAUUCUUUUAAAAUGUAUGGUGAUAGUGAUAGGACUCGCAUUCCCUCCGUAGACUCCAGUCUUUCUCGAUUAAAAGAAUCGGCGUCUUCAGAUGUUCAGCGUAACAAUGUUGUCAGUUCAGUACUAAAUUCAUGUACCUCCACUACAACCGGGAAGUCCGGAAGUAGUGGGGAAAACAACAGUGUAUCAAGUAGUUCUAAUAAUGAACAAAGCUUUCUGCAAAAUAGCUCAAAUAUUCCUCGAAGAAAUAGUAUUAGUAGUUCAAACAAUUUUGUGACAAACAGUGCCAACAAUGGGAAUUCAAAUGACCUGCCAAAUUCUAGUGUUAGUUCAAGUGGACUAAAGUGGGACCUUCGAUCUACAGCUUCACCCAAAAGUGAGGAAGGCAGCAAUCAUUCUGGAAGGUCUGACUCAAAUCGGAAUAGCUCUCCUGUACGAAUAGAGGGCAGAGACUUUAAGUCCUCACCAAGAGACAGCAAGCCCUGUUCACCCAAGGUGCCCCCUUUGAAAAUCAUCAUCCCUCCAAAAACAUCAUCAGCAAUAAGUCAGGACCCUGAGUCAGCAAAAAUUCACACCUCCAAGAAAUCUCUCCCUUAUGUGUUAAAUCCCACUCAGGAACAGCAGGCAGGGGGACUGCUACCUCAGAACAAUGUGACCAGCCUGGCCACUCCACAGGAAUCCCAGCCGGUAGCAAGCCCCGCCUCCUCGCGAUCCUCAUCCAGUGGUUGUGCUGCAGUGUCAAAGGAUGGUGAAAAAUAUUCUGGAAAAGAUUCAAAAGAAAAGGACUCAAAAGAGGCACCUAUAGACUCUCAAGUUAAUGUAGAAAGUGAUCAAAAAUCAGAGGAGAUUUCUUCAUCAAAAGAAAGUAAGGAAAGAGACAACAGUUCAAAGGUCAAGGAGAGAGAAAAAGAGGGAAAGGAAAAAGGACAGGACGACGAGAAGGAAAAGGAGACGCAGCAGACGAGGCGGACGUUACGAUCCCAUACGCAGGCACUGCAGCAGGAGAAACAGAAACAGGGCAGGCCACCUCCCAAGGACAAGGAGAAAGAUUCAGGAAGUAAAGAAUCAUCUGACAAAGACGAGACAGGAAGUACGACUAAAAGUAAAGCGGAGGAUGAGGAUGUCCACACAUUGCCACGGAAACGGAAGGGUUUACGUCCAAAGUCUGACACCGCUCCCCCGCCCCCCUCUGAGCCUACAAUCACACUGCCCACUGUGUCCUAUGAGAAGCCACCUAAUCCAUUUGAAUUGUAUUUAUCAAUCAGAAAACAGGUGCUCCAGCAGCAGAACAAUUUGUCCGUUGUUUAUCCUAAAGCUCCUCAAGGCUUCAAAGAUUACUUAAUGGUCAGCUGUGGCUAUGUGUUAGAAGGCAAGAAGGCCAGCACCCUCUCCGUACCAAUGUUAUCACCUCCAAAUGCAGUGCAAGGGGAAAUGAAAGAAUUGUUUAUAAAUCAGGAGAAAGUCAGAUACAAGCUAAGGCUACAACAUUUAACAGAAAGGGAGAAAUUGAUUUUAUCACUGGAACAAGAGAGAAUCCGUGAGCAUGGUAGAGCAGCCCGGGCGAUGGCCAAUCAGAGCCUCCCUCUCAGUGUGUGUACCAUACUGAGGAAUGAGGAAAUCUAUCACCCCAUGGAACCAGAGCAGGAGGAGAAGGAGAAAGGUGGGAGAGCCAGAUACAAUGGACGACAAUUUUUGUCCUGGUUAAAAGAUCUAGAUGACAAGUUUGAAAAACUCAAGGAGGACCUAUUGUGUAGACAUCACAUGGAGGCAGAUUCACUGUAUGCUAUCCAGAAGUUAGACUGGGAGUGGAAGAUGAAGGAGUUAGGUUUAUGUGACUAUAAUGCCAAUCCUGAGGUGGACGAAGUGAACGUUCCCUUGGUACAAGUCCACGAAUUCGAUCUAACGUAACAGAGCAUGUGUAUUAGUUGGACAUAAUCACAGAGUUACAAAGUGAAGGCACAGGAUAAAGAGAGAGCAUCAUUUUAAUGUUGCUGUCAUGUUGAGAUACGUGAAAGAAAUGGAUAGAAGUGAAAAGGGAACCGUGGUGUGGUGUGUUGUAAAAUGAAAACAGCGUGGAUUGCAAUAUUAACAUAGUGCUUAAUUGUGGUCAAAAGAUAGGAGGAAAGAAAGAUGUUAUAAAUUAACACUGUGCAGAAUCCAAUAGUGGGUUCACGCCAGUGGAUAGAGAAUUGUCACAAGAAGAGACACCUUAGUGUGUAGAUAGAGAUCACCAGUGCCAGUACAUCGGCCCUCUAUGAAUGUUGUGAUGUGUGUGGAGCCGUCAUACACUUGGACAGAGACAGCCUGCUUAACAGUCAAACUGUCACCCAAUCAACAAUUACUUCUAAAUUAUUCUUCUUAAAGCUACUAUUAUCUACAUUUCUGAAUUACUCUAGGAGAUUAAUCAAGUCAAAAACUUGUAACACUAAAGUACUUUCUUUUAGUUGAUAGCAAUUUUUCAAGAACAUAUUCCCUGUCAGUAUAAACUUGGAAUCUUUUUGUGUUUCCAAAUGAAAGUUUUUGUUUCAAUGAUAUUUUUGUUUUCUAAAAACAUUAGUACUAUCUAUACAUCUCUCUGAAGUUGAACAUCAGUCUUAAAAAUGAAAUGGCAUAAUUUUACUUUGAAAGUAUGUUGAAGGGGCAGUCUUUCAGGUUUUGACUACUUUUUAGAUGAUAAGUAUUGCACUAGACUGCUUUACUUCAGUAUAGAAAUGGGUUAAACUGAAAUCAUGUUUUAAUUCACAUAAUAAAGUAGUAAUUUAUGUUUAGUUGUUUUCAAACAAAGUAAGAAGAUAUUUGUGUCUUGAUUUUUAACAGUAGUGAAAAGACCGAGUAUUUUUUUAUCACACUUUUAUUAACAUAAUGACAAAGAACAUGAUUUAAGAGAAUGAGUUUCUGAAUCUCAUUUGCUGAUGUUGAUUGAAUUGGUUCAAGUAUUGUCUUUGAUAUUUGUUCCCUAGUCUUAAAUCCAAAUAAAAAGGCAAUAUUAUUUUUAAUAGUGCUGCAUACUUCUUUUAUCUAUUAAGCCACUGUUAAAUGUUCUCAUGUUAUGUUACUUGUGUGAAGGCAUGUGCCUCCUCUUUAUAUUUUAUAACUGGAGUUUCCCAGCACCCCUGUUCAUUGGUAUUUAGUGUUGUACAGCAAUGUAUCAGGAUAAAAACAAAUUACUAAUUUUUUAAAACAUUGAAAUAUUUAAUGUUUCAAAUUAUUUUUGUCACGUGGAAAAUGUCGUGGAAGAAAUUUUUUCCAUGCAUUUAAAAUAAACUGUACAGAAACUUG